AUGUCAGACGAAAGAACUUUUAUUGCUAUCAAGCCAGACGGUGUCCAAAGAGGUUUAAUUUCCGCUAUCCUCGGUAGAUUCGAAAACAGAGGUUACAAGUUGGUUGCUAUCAAAUUGACCCAACCAACCGAAUCCUUGUUGAGAACUCACUACGAAGAUUUGCAAUCCAAGCCAUUCUUCCCAUCAUUGUUGAGCUACAUGUUGAGUGGUCCAGUUUUGGCUACUGUUUGGGAAGGUAAAGAUGUUGUUAAGCAAGGUAGAGCUAUCUUGGGUGCUACUAACCCAUUGCAAAGUGCUCCAGGUACCAUCAGAGGUGACUACGCUGUUGACAUGGGUAGAAACGUCUGCCACGGUUCUGACUCUGUUGAAUCUGCCAAGAAGGAAAUUGACUUGUGGUUCAAGAAGGAAGAAUUGGUUGAAUACAAGCCAGCUUUGUUCAGUUGGAUCUACGAAUAG